GCGGCGGGCCGUGCGAGAGCGUAGCGGAGGUGCGGUUGUGAGUCGGUGCCCGGAGCGGGGAAACCUCGGGCUCGGGGGAGCGCAGCGGCGGGGGUCGGGUUGGAGGUCCGAAGGGAGUGACUAGGGAACCCGGUGGGCUGCUUUCCUUCCGGUGCUUUUGAUUUUUCUUGCCUUUUGGUCUCGGCUGAGUGUCGCCCAUUGAGCAGAGAUCCCCUCGCAAAACCCGGAGCGACCCUCCCGUCAAUUGUUGGGCGCGGAAUCGCCGGGAGCUUUGCGGUGCCCCGAGCGCGGACCAAGCGCGCGGGGCGCGAAGGCAAGGGGAGCGGAGCCGGUCGCGGGCGGGGGCCUGGAGCUUGCCUGCCUCCCUCGCUCGCCCCACCGGGUCCGCUCGCGCAGGGCGCGCGCGAUGAAGGCGGUGAGCCCGGUGCGCCCCUCGGGCCGUAAGGCGCCGUCGGGCUGCGGCGGCGGGGAGCUGGCGCUGCGCUGCCUGGCCGAGCACGGCCACAGCCUGGGCGGCUCGGCGGCCGCGGCGGCCGCGGCGGCGGCAGCGCGCUGCAAGGCGGCCGAGGCGGCGGCCGACGAGCCGGCGCUCUGCCUGCAGUGCGAUAUGAACGACUGCUACAGCCGCCUGCGGAGACUGGUGCCCACCAUCCCGCCCAACAAGAAAGUGAGCAAAGUGGAGAUCCUGCAGCACGUUAUCGACUACAUCCUGGACCUGCAGCUGGCGCUGGAGACGCACCCGGCUCUGCUGAGGCAGCCGCCGCCGCCGGCGCCGCCGCACCACCCGGCCGGGACCUGUCCGGCAGCGCCGCCGCGGACCCCGCUCACGGCGCUCAACACCGACCCGGCCGGCGCGGUGAACAAGCAGGGCGACAGCAUUCUGUGCCGCUGAGCUUAGCUGCCCAGGUGUGCGGCCGCCUGAGCCCGAGCCAGGAGCGCAAGAAAGGGAGGGGGAAGAGCAGAAGUUAGAGAAAAAGCCACCGGAGGAAAGGAAAAAAACAUCAGCAAAUCCUAGAAACGUUUCACUCGUCAUUCCAAGAGAGAGAGGGAAGAAAAAUAAAACUUUCAUCCUUUUUUUUUUUUGCACGUUCAUAAACAUUCUACAUACGUAUUCUGUUUUGUUUCGUUUAUAACCGCUGUAAAUUGUACAUUUCUGUGUUUUUUGGAGGUGCAGUUAAACUUUUUAAGCUUAAGUGUGACAGGACUGAUAAAAGAUAAAGAGCAAAUCCGACUUUUAGAAACCUACUUUGUGACCAAGGAGCUCAAUUUUUGUUUUGAAGCUUUACUAAUAUACCAGAGCAUUGUAGAUAUUUUUUUUUUACAUCUAUUGUUUAAAAUAGAUGAUUAUAAGGGGGCAGGGAACUUUCUAUUCCCUGCAGGAAUGUUACAUAUUGUAUAGUUAACUGAGUGACAUUUCAUACCAUGUAUAUAUAGAGAUGUUCUAUAAGUGUGAGAAAGUAUAUGCUUUAAUAGACUACUGUAAUUAUAAGAUAUUUUUAAUUAAAUAUUUUUUUGUAAAUAUUAUGUGUGUGUUUUUUUUAAUCUAUGGGAAUAUUUCUUUUGGAAAAUUAUUUUCCAGCUCAGUUGAAGAGCUCUUGGUAUCUUGAAUGUCUUUUCUGUUUGGCCUGGCUUUUAAUUUGUUUUUGUUUUGCCCAGUGUCCUGUAGACUCGGAAGUAAGUUAUAGAGCUAGUGGUCCUGCAUGACUGCAUGAGAUGUUUAAUCACAAAAUAAACUUGUUCUGAGUCCAUUCAAAUGUGUUUUCUUUAACCUAGAUUGAAAUCUUUGUAUUUGAAGCAUACAUGUUGAUAAUAUGCUUUAUCAGUUUUUAAGUACAGGGUUUGAUAGUGUAAUAUAUAAAGAGUAAGUGUGUUUUUUGUUUUUUAACUGAGGUCAAAAUGGAUUCUGAAUGAUUUUGCUUACAGGAUGGGGAAAUGCUUGGAUCCUUACGAGUUUAGGAAAUCUGUUUUAAUCAAAGUGAAAAAAUGCUUAUCAUUCUUCAUUUUACACUAAAACUUAAUGUCACUAAGUUUCAUGUCUGUACAGACUAUUUAAAUCAUAGAAAUGAAAAAUGUUCUCUGCUUGCUACCAAAGGACAAACUCUUGGAAAUGAACACUUUCUGCUUUCCUUCCUCCAAAGAAUAUUAAUAGGCAACAGUGGGAGAAAAAAAUUUGAAAGGCAUAAUGGCAAAUCCUUCAAGCAGGGGUAAAAGUCGAUCUUCAAACAUUAACUUUAAGUAGACCAAAAAUUCUGAUGACCACAUCUAGAUUAUUUUUUUAUAAAAAUGAUUUUCACUAUAGCUAUGUUAGUUAACCGCUAAACUACUGUCCAAUCUCUUGUGAUGUGCAACUUUUACAUGUGAAUAUUAAAGUAGAUUUAUCUGUCUUGUA